CACUCGGUCUCGUAUCUUGUGACUGAUGUCACAGGCAUAUGACUUGUGACGUCAUUCAAUAGUAUCCACAUAAAUAUAAGGUGGGAUUGUGAAACAACAUCGUCAAAUAUACAAUUCUUUACAGGGAUAUAUCUGAAGAAGAACAAGUCUAAGCACAAUGUCUCAUAUUUACCCAUCACUUGAGGACAUGAAGGUUGGCCAGAUGGCGCAGGCUCAGGCCCAAUAUGAGCAACAGACGUCAGUUCAGCCAGCUGUUACAUACCCCCACCCUCCAGGAGCCUACCCACCCCAGCAGCCACCUGCUUACACUCCACACCCCACCCCCAGUGCAAGCGGCUCCAUGUACCCGUCUCUUCAGGAGUACAUGGGACUACAGAUCACACCCGAGAUGACUGCUGCUAUGGCUGUUGUACCUGCCAACCCAACACAGGUGGCAGUGCGACAGAGUGGAUCGGGCAGCAUGCAGGUUGCCCCUGUCACAGGAAACAAUCGAGGAUUGGCAAGGGCUGAGAUCAAGCAGGGCAUCCGAGAGGUGGUCAUGUGCAAAGAUGGCACAGGCAAAGUUGGACUCCGUGUCAGACAUGUGAACAACGGUUUGUUUGUUUGUCUGGUGCAAGACAACUCGCCAGCAGCUUUGUCCGGCUUGAGGUUUGGGGAUCAGAUCCUACAGAUCAACGGACAGACUGUGGCAGGCUGGGACACUGACAAGGCCCACAAAGAGUUGAAGAAAGCAGCAGCUGAGAGAAUCACCAUGGCAGUGAGAGACAGACCGUUUGAGAGGACUAUCACUAUGCAGAAGGACAGCAAUGGCUACAUCGGCUUUGUGUUCAAGGAUGGGCGUAUCAAGUCUAUUGUAAAAGACUCAUCUGCUGCACGUAAUGGAGUGCUGACUGACCAUCAACUGACAGAGGUCAACGGUCAGAAUGUAAUUGGGCUGACAGAUAAUCGUGUUGGAGAUAUCAUCGACGCUGGUGGCAGGACCGUCACCAUCACACUGGUACCCUGUAUCAUCUAUGAUCACAUCAUCAAGUGCAUGGGAGGUUCUCUCUUCAAGAAGAUGGACCACUCUAUCCCCGAGGUAUAACCUGUGAUGUUGUAAACAGACUGAUUGGAUGAUGCCAUGCCCACCUUGGGAAAACAGUCUUGGAUUUCUGCCUACAUCUGUAUAUAUAACGUGCAUGGCGAUAGAAGGCAAGGACGACGUCUGUUUCAUGGUGGAAAGAUGUGAAUAGCUGUGUAAAUAGGCCUGUCAUUUCAUAAGGGGCCAAAUGCUUAAAACCAAACCUGAGAAAAUAAAUAUACAUAGUGUUAUGUAUAAGCUAUAUCAAAACAGAUUAUUUAUGAAUGUGGUAAAGUUACAUGUAUUGAUUUUGUUACACCUCUUGAAAUCGAAACAUUGAAAUAGUUUAAGAUACACAUGUAUUUGAUAUGCUUGUCUUUAGUCAGUUGUACAUAAAUCUGUGAUUUUAAACUUAAUGUAGUGUUCUGUUUUUUCUCCCAUGUUUUAACAUUUGUUUUCGAGUUACACUUUGGAUAUCUGUUUUCCAUGUUUCAUUUCUAUUUUUAGUUCUAGUCACAUGAAAUAGGAUAUGGUUUCAUCAUUUGUAUCUCAGUGUGCUAGAUUCAUUUGUUACUUGGGAAAGAUUUCCCUCACAAAAUAUUUCAUCAACAGAUCUGAUUGGAAUUUGCCCCACUUGAUGACUUAAUACUGAACUUGCAGAGUAAUUACAGGCUAUUAUCUUUGGUAAUGUUGAAUAACUAUUUCACUGUAUGACACUACACUCAGCUAUUGUUAGAAGAGGAUUAAUUGCUUAUCUUAGUCAUUUCAAGUACGUUCAAGCCAUCACAUUUCUGAGAAUAAUCUGUGCCUUUUACAUUCACCUGUAUAUUUUGCAAGAGAGAAUGGGGGUAAGUUCGUCUACAAGGAACUUGUUUGCAUACUUAGAGUACUAUGUGUCCAUGACUUCCAGCACAACAGAUCAAUGUCACUUGUGUGUUAUGUAUGGAGUCAGCACAUUAUCAGGUCAAAGCUCAAUGUGGGAGUUCACCUUCAGUUUGGUCACAUUGAUCACUGUCUGUUCCAAAUCAGUCACUCGAGAGUGUUUGGACCGUCGUUGGUGUUUAGAAUCCACCUUGUGAUGCACAGUCACAGUUCUAAUAACUGCAACUUGUAGAAAUCUUGGCACCAACAGAAACAUAGGGGAAUUUGGGCGAUUUGUGAUAUACAUUUUGUUGACAUUAGCUUGACCUUGUCUGUGCAGCUUAUCACAGUUGUGCAAGUUUUAAUUUAAAGUUUUAAAUUUUCUUAAGAUUUGAUGUUCUCUUUUUCGCCAGUGCUAUAUGUGCUUUUUUUUAAAGAAUAAUAUAUAAUGUAUGGUCAUUUUGAAAUUGACUUUGUUAAACCAUUGCAUAACUUUUUCAUGCAACAUUUUUAUGUAGCUAUGCUCCAGGAGAGUAAAAUUAUUAACAGCUG